UCUGCUUGGCAGGGAAAUCUGAGUUUGUUUGAAGUGGAUUAUUCGCUUUUCCAGCCUCACAGCAAAUGACAGAAACAGCAGCAACAGCACCAGAGCUUUCAGGGGGCAGACUGGAUAUAAUAGCAGCGUGAAUAAUCCUUUACAACCUCUCACUUCACUUUUAUUUUAUAUGUUUGUUUUUUUUAAAUAAGGGGAUUUUUUUUAAAAAAGCUAUAUUUGAGUCGUGGCUGUUUCCCGUCCCCUCCUCAAAACCUCUUCAUCUUUGGCUUUUAUCUCUUGAGGGGAUGUUACAGUGGGGUUGGUGUUGAGAAGUGUACAGAUGCAAAGUCAAUGCAUGAGAGCAAUCUCUAAGGUGACCUGCAUACUGCCUUAUCCAACUACCCACCCUUCUCUUCACCGCCUGCCUCUAGUGAGAGAGAUUGUUGAAAUCAAAUAGAACGCUUUAAAAGAGGAGCUAAGCCAGCUAGGUCUACAAAAACGUCAAAAGAAGUCUUGUACCAUGAACUAGAAAAUCUAAGUACUGACAGAGCUAGGAUUGUGAGCUGAUAUAUUAGAGGAAAUUGAAGAUGGGGCGGAAAAAGAUUCAGAUCACAAGGAUUAUGGAUGAACGUAACAGGCAGGUGACGUUCACAAAGCGAAAAUUUGGAUUAAUGAAGAAAGCCUAUGAACUGAGUGUACUGUGUGAUUGUGAGAUUGCUUUGAUAAUAUUCAACAGUUCAAACAAAUUGUUUCAGUAUGCGAGUACUGACAUGGACAAAGUUUUACUCAAGUACACAGAGUAUAAUGAACCUCAUGAAAGCAGAACCAACUCUGAUAUUGUUGAGGCACUUAACAAGAAAGAACACAGAGGCUGCGACAGUCCAGAGCCUGACUCAUCAUACGUGCUCACUCCACACACAGAGGAAAAAUAUAAAAAAAUAAAUGAAGAGUUUGAUAACAUGAUGAGGAAUCACAAACUCGCACCUGGUUUGCCGCCACAAAACUUUGCAAUGCCAGUUGCAGUUCCAGUGAGCAACCCAAAUAAUCUAACCUACAGCCACCCAAGCAGCUCUCUUGUAACUCAUUCAUUGGUAACCACAUCUUUAACAGAUACCAGCAUGCUUUCGCCUCCUCAAGCUACACUGCCCAGAAACGUUGUGUCACCAGGGGCUCCACAGAGACCACCCAGUGCUGGUAAUGCAGGUGGAAUGAUGGGUGACCUUACAAUGCCGAAUGGUGCAGGCACCAGCCCUGUGGGAAAUGGUUUUGUUAACCCUCGUGCUUCGCCUGGCCUGCUCUGCUCCACAGGUGGGAAUGGAUUAGGAAAAGUCAUGCCCACAAAGUCUCCGCCCCCUCCUGGUGGAAAUGUUGCAAUGAACAAUCGUAAGCCAGACCUACGCGUGGUCAUUCCACCAACAAGCAAAGGCAUGAUGCCACCUCUGUCAGAGGAGGAUGAAUUGGAUAUGAAUGUACAGAGGAUAAGCAGUUCACAGUCUACACAGACUCUUGCAACUCCAGUAGUUUCUGUUACUACUCCAAGUCUACCACCACAUGGUCUGUUGUACUCGACAUACAACACUGAUUAUUCACUAACCAGCGCUGACUUGUCUACACUAUCAGGAUUCAGCUCACCAGGGACAUUGUCAUUAGGGCCAGUGUCUGCUUGGCAGCAACAUCAUCUUGGACCAGCUACCCUCAGCUCACUAAUAGUUAACAGUCAGUCACUUCAGGGUUCGAACCUCUCGAUCAAUACCAACCAGAACGUUAACAUCAAAUCGGAGCCAACCUCGCCCCCUCGAGACCGGAUGACACCUUCAGGUUUCCCUCAGCAGUCCCGACAUGACACGGGACGUUCGCCCGUCGAUAGCCUGAGCAGCUCCAGCAGCUCGUACGACGGAAGUGACCGCGAGGACCCUCGGGGUGACUUUCACUCACCCAUUGGACUCGCAAGACCAUCCACAGAUGAUCGAGAAAGCCCAUCUGUAAAACGCAUGCGGAUGGACACAUGGGUGACAUAAAGCCCCCUUUUUGCUGCCGUUUUGUAGUAUCUCUUUUGUUACAAGAGAAACUGUCCUUACAUAUCUAAGACAAGGACAUGGAAAAUGUAUAAGUUAAUCAGGUACUCUACAGUGCAAAUUAAUUGUAUAUUUGCAGGUGUCCCACAUUUAAAUUUUAGUCACUGUCCCAGUCUGGCACUUAUUUGUAUUAGCUGUUAUCUUAUACUGGUUUGCAAAAAACAAAAAAAAUUUAUAUUCAACCCUACCAUGCUUGCAAAAACAAGACAGUUGGUUGUCAAUUCAGACAGUGUCCUGUGUGCGUGUAUAAAAAUGGUGUGGCUAGUUAAACUUUCUGCUUUGUAGCAAUGAAGCUGUAGAAAGAAACGAGAGCAAUACUGUACAUAAAAUAAAUUUAUGAUAUUGAAGCUGG